AUGUUCGAUGACAAGUAUUUCCCUCAGAGUGUUCGAAAUGAUAAGGAGAGAGAGUUUAUUUCUUUUCAGCAAGAUAACUUAUCUGUUAUGGAGUAUGAUAUUGAAUACUCAAGAUUGUCGAUGUUUGUACCCCACCUAGUAGAUACUGAAGAGAAAAAUAAUCGUCGGGUUGUAUAUGGUUUGAAAGCCGUGUAUCAGAGGCAUAUUGUUGGAAAUCCAAUGAUUGACACUUAUGUUAGGGCUGUUGAAUGUGCCAUGGAGCUUGAGCAAGAUUUUUUGGCUCAUAAGAGGGAUGAAGAGUACCUGAAGAAGGAGAGUAAGGUUGACCGUGCAUCAAAAGCUUCGUCGAGUCAACAUGGCGGUGGGAAGAAAAGAAAGGGGCAUUUGAAUCAAGGGAAUCGUGGUCAGAAGGAUGGCGGCAACGAAAGAGCAGUAGUGUCAGCUGAAGGUGAGGUUGUUGGCGCUAAACCAAUUAAUUUCUACGGGUUUUGUUAUAACUAUCGUGAAAGGGGGCAUAAGGCAUCAGAAUGUACCAAAGAAAAAGUUCAGACAACAGAUAUACGUGAGCAACCAAACACUGGGGUUGCAAACUGUAAUGUGCAUCUUCGUGGCCAGGGUCAACUCUUUGCUGUGCAACCUCCUGAGACGGAGAAUGCUACUUUAGGAGGUACUUUCUUUAUUUUAGGAGAGACUGUUAGUAUUUUAUUUGAUACCGGAGCUACUCAUUCUUUCAUUUUUGCUAAGUUAGUUCGCGUGGUAAAUUUCUAUGAAAGUGUGUGA